AUGGGGGAGGAGGGGAGGUUACUUGCGAAGGAGGACGUGGGUCAGCUUCCUGUCUGGGAGCUGCAAACCCUCUGUCGAGACCGCGGCAUGCGCUCACUGGGUCUCACGGAGGAGCGCCUGCGGAGUCAGCUGCGUCAGUGGCUUGAACUACAUUUGGAGAAAAAUGUGCCCAUCUCUCUGCUACUUCUUUCAAGGGCUAUGUACGUUCAGGACACGACUUUGCCACCAGAACAGCAGCUGCAACACGUUCUCUCCGUUCUGCCCAUUGCCGCUUCCGAAGAGGCCGCCAUUAAGGCCAUAGAGUCGACGGAGGGCGUCGAUCCCAAGACUAAGAUUGAAGUCCUUCGGAAGGAGCAGGAAUCCAUCAAGGCGGAACGCGCCGCAGAAAAACAGCGCCAGUCGGAUGAAAAGAAGAAACUGGAACUGGCAAAACAGGCCGAGGAAGAAAGACUGGAAUUAGCCAAAAAGGCCGAAACUAUGGCGAAGACGGCCGAAAAGACCCAAAUUUCGGCUAGUGAACGGGAAACAUUUGCACCGACCCCGACACAUCUUCUGUUUGGAGUCGUCUAUUUGGCUCAAGUCUUGAAUAAAACCCGAGAUGAAUAG